AUGCUACAGACACCUUUGCGGGCGAUUGCCGCGCAAAGCGUCCGCCGGCUUGCAACACCGACUUCAACACUCGAACUAACGGGAGAUGCCCCAAAAGGGUUGAACAAAACUGGCACGCCUUUCACCGCCCCAAACAGUACUGCCGAAUAUGCCUUGGCUCGACUGGAUGAUGUGAUGAACAUGGCACAAAGAACAUCGCUUUGGCCGCUCACUUUUGGACUUGCUUGUUGCGCCGUCGAAAUGAUGCACUUUGCCGCUCCUCGUUAUGACAUGGAUCGCUAUGGAGUUGUGUUUCGAGCGUCGCCUCGACAGUGCGAUCUCAUUUUUGUCGCUGGAACUGUAACGAAUAAGAUGGCUCCCGCGUUGAGGCGCAUCUACGAUCAGAUGCCGGAGGCAAAAUGGGUAAUUUCUAUGGGUUCGUGCGCAAACGGAGGAGGGUAUUAUCACUACGCCUAUUCAGUUCUUCGUGGCUGCGAUCGAGUUAUUCCGGUUGAUAUUUACGUGCCUGGUUGCCCUCCAACCGCUGAGGCUCUUCUUUACGGAGUUCUCCAAUUACAAAAGAAGAUCAAACGAAAACGUGAAGCUCAACUUUGGUAUCGUCGC